GUUUGCUGCGGCUCCUACGCGUUGCCAAACUUCAACGAGAGGUUUCCAUCAUCGCCAAUCGUUUCGUCUCUGCUUAUUUCUUCAUGGUGCUGAAAGUGUUUGCUGCGCUGCUGGUGAUGCUCUCCGUCAAUCAUAUGAUCGCUUGUGCUUGGUAUGCUGUGGGCACCAAUUUCAGGAUUGACGUGGAGUCCAAUUGGCUCAAGCGGAUGGAGCUGGAGGAGGUGGGCAUGUUUGAAGCCUACGUGGCGUCGCUGCACUGGAGCUUGACGCAAUUCACACCCUCCACCAACAAUGUGGCGCCCACCAACUCCUUGGAAAGGCUUUUUGCAAUCUUCGUCAUUCUGCUCGCCAUGGGUUGUUUCUCCUCCUUCGUGGGCUCCAUCACGGCGACGGUGAAUGCCUUGCGAAGCAUCCAAGCCACCAAGACGAAGCAGCACAGCGAAGUGCUCCGGUUCUUCGCUGAGAGGAAGAUGUCCUUGGACCUCUUUCAGAAGGUGAAGUACGUGAUCCGCACGGAGAAACUCAUGGAUGACCCUCUCAUGGAAAACGAGGUCACGAUGCUGAAGUUCCUGCCCAAACGCUUCAGGAUCCAGUUGCACGAGGAGAUGUAUAUGCACGACUUGUUACAGCUCCCCUUUUGGCCCAGUGGUGUCAAGACACGUGAGCACGUCUUCCUGGCAGAGGUUUGCCAUUCCGCGAUGCAAGAGGAGAUUGCCCGAAAAUACGAAGACAUUUUCCUGCCAGGCACCGAAUGCCAUGCCGCCUACCUCAUGCAGCCAGGCUUGAUCCCGAUCCAGGAGGUUUGUGUGUACAUCGGAACCCUCACAGAAGCCCUGGAUCCCGCAAUGGAUUCAUGGACUGCUGCAAAUGCUGCAAUGAUGUAUACAUCUUCGGCACGCGAGAAAUUCACAGCUGUAUGGGCACCGGUUCCUGUGGUAGGCCAUGUCGUUGGACAGUUCGCUCGGCUUGUCAUUUUUGCUGAGUUUGUGCAUCACCAAUCUUUCUCAAUUUCAUGACUUCUGCGACAAGGCCUGUCAGCCAAAUGACGGAGUGGAAGCGUGGAGUGGACCAUGUUCAGACUUGUAACAGGCAGCGGAACUCAGAUAGAAGGCUUGGAUUUGUGUGAGCCCUCUUUCGGGCGUCUCAUGGAUUUGCUGAUCAGGUGAGUUCGAUUGGACGUCUAUCCGAGAGUCUAUCAUUUUUCCAGGAAGUUUGUGGUUGUAGCGAUAGUUGUACGUAAUGAUUGGUGUGUGCGCUUGUGCUUUCAGGAAACACCCCACUCUUGUCGCAUAUGCCUAUUGAUAUUAUAGUAUGUUGUACCAAAUUUCAGUUUGCUUGACUUACUGUAUGUUGGCUCACGACCUCUUCCUGGACCUUUUGCGAGUUGAGACCGCCUUAUCCUUGAAGAUGUGGCCCGUGGCCGAUCAGAAUUCUUCAUUCCGCGACUCAAGCUUGACUUGAACAAUUCUUGUUCUGUCCACCAUCAGCAGCAUCAGCACAAAGGAAGCCUUUCCGUGGGAAGCUGACCUAGAUUGACCUAGCAUGUUAGAUAUCCGAUAGCCAUUCCCAGCAGGAGUGAGCGUCUUUAGGAACCAAAGCAUUUUAGGCUCCAGCGCUGUGGCGUUCGUCAAUGACCCAGGGUUCCACGAACAUUGGACCAUUUGCAGCUUUGUGACGUUUUCUCGGCUUGUCCCGUUUUCUCGGCUCGGUUGGAAUAGAUUGCGCCAGUAGCGCAAGUAAAAGACUUGGAUACACCCUGGAAGACUAACAUGGACCCUGAAAACCACUGGUUGGUAGAGUAAAAAUACUCUUCCAGGGGGCCAUGGUCAGGGUCUAUAUGUGAGUUUUCGGGAGUGUAUAUUAUAUCAGCAUGUUGAACUAUUGCACCGAAAUGAUGAGUUCAUGGCCUUGAAGAACAGCAAUCGGAACAGCUGCAGGAUGAAGCCCCCCUUUGGGGGCACAACAUCAAUACAUAAGGGACGCUUUAGCUCGGCGCUAAGAGCUAUGUGCAGUUCCAAGGUCUUGGAGAAGUGCGUGCAAGUCUAAAUCUUCCUGUCGCACGGAGUGUUUGGGAGAGCCAGCUGCUUGGGGAGCAGCAUGCCAAGGAGGCAUGAGAAGUGUUCAGGCGUGGCAUGACUAAAACGGUUUUGAGACCGAAUGUAGCCUUUCGCUGCCAACUGCCAAGCCGCACUGUUGAGUGGCCGACCAACCAGAAGCUUCAAAGUGGCACUCCUGGAAGUCACAGGAUGCAGUCACUUGGGCUUGUAAAAGGCCACUUAGAGACUCCAAAGAGGUCAGGAACUGAAGGUCCUGGCCCUGAACUUUCAAGUGACCUGCGCCAUUGGACAGAGACUCUCGCGGCCCAAGUUUUGGAGAACGGACGGGCAGAGAAGUCC